GUGCUCUCUAGUCUUAACAAGGACAUUCAUAAAAUUAACACAAAAAACGCGAAAAACAAACGCAUUAAUGCAUAUGAAACGAUCAAUCGAUAAUUUGUGAUACACCUGAGAGGAUUGUGAUAUAGAACCUCAUUUAAAAAACUGUUAUGUGGAGAAAGGAGUGCGCGAUGCAUCCUGCCAGCAGGUGACCCUGCCGCCGCCAUCCGCGGACCAUGUCAUGGGACUCACUGGAGUCCCGAGACUUUCUUGGCGGAGCGCCAGCUCAUCAAUUAUCAGCAUCAAGACUGAUCAGCUCACCAGAUCCUCAACGACACCGUCUCGAUGACCCACCAGAGCUAUAUUCUUUCUCCGAAGAAUACCCCACGGAGGUCCGCAACGGGCGAUGGGGCGCGCGCUUCGGGCCCGCGCACCGCCCCUCCGCGGGGUGGCUGGAGUGCUUCCGGAUUGUGAGGUCCAGGAUAGACCAGUAUCUGGCGAGGCGAAAGAUCGAGCGUGGUGUAAGACUAUAUAGUCAGAAUGAGCAACGCCAAGCGGUUAAGAUAUGGCUGUCCGCGCUGCGCGGCGUCAGACAUAGGAGCGAUAAGUUCGCACUACUUGGCCAUUUAUAUCAGGCUUUUAUGGACUUCGGCAAGUAUAGAGAAUCGUUGGAAUUCGCGAAUCGUCAACUAGGCAUAUCAGAAGAAUUGGAUUCAGCUCCAAUGAGGGCUGAGUCCUAUCUAAAUUUAGCAAGAGCACAUCAAACUUUAGGAGGAUUGGACAGAGCACUAUCCUACGCUCGUCAUGCGCUAUACAAUGACUGUGGCGGAGGCUCCACGGCUGGCUGUGUGCACCUCACGGUGGCCAGCGUUAGUUUGGAACUUGGCGCGUUUUCGAAGGCAAUGGAUAGUUUUCAGAAGGCUCUGGCGGUUGCUCAGGCGCAGAAUGACAAUACGCUGUUGCUGCAGGUAUACGUAGGUCUCUCAGAGCUGUGGCGGCGGCUCCGCGACACGGAGCGCGCGGUGGCGUGCGCGGCGCGCGCGUGCGACCUCGGCCGCGGGCCGCGCUCGACUGACCUCAACACGCGGCACCACCGCGUGGCGCUGCUGCAGAUGGCGGCCGCGCUGCGCGCCCGCGGCGAACUGGGAGACGCAUACGAUUAUUGUAAUGAAGCCUUGCGUUUAUCGACCGUGGCUGGCGAUCAAGGAAGCUUUGCCCGCGCAGUUAGAAUAGCCGGCGACGUUUAUCGACGGAAAUGUGACUUUAAUAAAGCUUUAAGACAUUACGAAGUAGCAAUGGGCGCGGGCCAGUCGCUGGGGGACCGCUUGGCGCAAAUGGAGGCGAUGGACGGCGCCGCGCGCUGCCUGGAGGCGCUGCGCGUGCAGGGCCGCAUCUGCAACUGCCGGCCGCUGGAGUUCAACACGAGGCUGCUGGAGGUCGCCACCUCCGUGGGCUCCAAGAUGCUAGUCCGGCGCGUGCGGCUGCGCCUCGCGGACAUAUACACGGCGCUCGGCGACAACAACGCGGCGGCGCGCCAGCGCAAGGCGGCCGCCGCGUGGGCCGCGCCCGCCUGCGCCAAGUGCCGCGAGCCGCUCGCCGACCGCGCCGAGCCGCUCGCCUCGCUGCCCUGCGCGCACAUCGUGCACCACGCCUGCAUGCCGGAGUCGUGGUCGCGUCGCUCGACGCUGCGCGCGGGCGGCGAGUGCGCGGAGUGCGCGUCGCCGCGCGCGCCCCGCGACCCGCCCCCCGCGCCUCCCGCGCCCCCCGCGCCGCGCCACCUGCCCGCGCAGGAUUUCCCCUUCGGCUCCCCCCCUCCCCUCCGUGAUCCAGACUUAAAUUCCGUGAGAUCAGAUCAAAGCAGUCAAGAAGAAAGCGUCUAG